UCUUUAACAACGAAAGUAAUUCCCAUGGAAGGUCCGUCUGUAGGUGUUAGAAAAGGUGCAUGGACUGAAAAAGAAGACACUCUUCUUAAGAAAUGCAUUGAGGAAUGUGGAGAAGGAAAAUGGCAUCUAGUGCCUUCCAGAGCAGGCUUGAAUCGUUGCCGGAAAAGCUGUAGACUGAGGUGGUUGAAUUAUCUGAAACCUAAUAUCAAGAGAGGAGUUUUUGCAGCUGAUGAAGUUGACCUCAUCAUUCGCCUCCAUAAACUCCUAGGUAACAGGUGGUCAUUGAUUGCUGGUAGAAUACCCGGAAGAACAGCAAACGAUGUGAAAAACUACUGGAAUACCCACCUGCGGAAAAAAAAGGUGGAUCCUUCCUUCAACCUAAACCCUCUUCUAAAUCCAUCGAAUCCGCAAUCCAAAGUCAUCAAACCUCGCCCUCAGCUCUUAUCAAAGAACAGUUUCCCAAUAUGCUCGGAUGGAAACAUGAAAAUCAACACGGCGGCAGCAGCAGCAAGCAACAAUUUAGCAUCAGCCGACAGCAGUGGCUAUUGUUUCCCUAAUGAGAAUGAGGAGAUCAUGUUGUGGAAACAUCUGACGAUGAAUGAGAACGAGAUCAUGUUGUGGAAAAAUGUGACGAUGAAUGAAAAUGAGGUCGAUUAUCAUCAGCAGCAAGGUUCGCUCGAUACUAUGGAUCUAAGUGUGCUGGGAGAGCAGCCUAUGAAUGAAGAAUUGGAGGUGGUUGAGGAAGACCCUUAUGGUAGUUUGGAUGAAUUUUAUCUCGAUGUUGAACUCUGGAAUGUGUUCAACCCAUAGCCAGAAAUAUAGCGUUUG